GGACCUUGUAAUGCAGCAUUUAACAUUGAAUAAGAGAAUAGAAUGGCAUUUAGAAAUAGCACACACUUGUUUACAGAUACGUGGUGAUAUGCUUCAGUUUAGAUGUGAUCAAUCUUAUAUUCAAGAGUGCCAGUAGAAAGCUUAAAACAGUUGGGAACUCCCAAACUUAGUUCUAAUGCACCUGUUGCUUACACAGACCAUUUCGUAGAUUGGGAGAAUUUUAUUUGAUUUGGAUUGAUAGCUGCCAAAAUGCCAUAUUGCUGUGCGGUUUUAAACUGUAGCUUUCAUUAUUCUGUUAAAUGGUUUCCUGUGCCAGGCUGUGACCUGACGAAUUUGUGAUAUGAUGAUGUAUUAACAACAUUUACCAGCUGUGAGAGUCCAAAUCAGAGGAGUUCCCAGACUGCGCACUGCAACUGGUGGGAAAGCUGCAUUUCUGUACUGCCUUUGAGGAUGGAAGAGACUGAUCUGCUGAAAGAAAGGCUACAAGCUAUCACGGACAAGAGGAAAAUACAAGAGAAAAUUACCAGACAAAGAUUUGAAGUGGAUGAGGAGAAACUGAAGCUUAAGCACUUAAAGUCAAAGAGUUUGCGAGAAAGAUGGCUCUUGGAGGGAGUAACCACCAUCUAUCCUCAAGAAGAAGAGGCAAUGAAGAAGCAGCACCAAGAAGAUCAGCUUCAAUCAAAGAAACUGGAACAAAAUAUUUUCAGGUACCUAUUGCAGCAAAAUGUCCUUACUACUGUAUUAGGAGGAAUAUUUUCAUGCAAAGAAUCGUCUUCUGAACAAGGUGAUAGAAGUGCAAACCUAACUCCAACUCCCAGCAGUUAUGGGCUUGAAGAAGAAAUUAAAUCUCUUGAAAACCAAGAAGCCCAAGUUUCACUUAAUGAACAAAUAUUAUUGAAGAAAUUGAAAGCAGCAGAAAGAUCUACAGCAGAUAUAAUAAAGGCAGCACAGGCUGAGAUUUAUGAAGACCAAACAAAGUUUGUAAAUACAGAAAUUCCAGACCUACCAAAAUCAUAUGAAUCUCAGGACCAGCAGAGAAUACCAAGUUCAGAAACUGAAACACAGGAUGUUGAAGAGCCUAAAGAAGCAUUAUUUGCUGUAGAAAUCAAUGUUCAAAAGGAUAUGAAGACUGGAGAAAGUACCAUUCUAUCAACUGUACCAGUGAUGGUCAAUGAAAUCAAAAACAAAGGUGUUAAAGUCUAUGAAGAUGGAGUCAAGUCUGUGUAUGCAUUAUGCAAUGAUGGCGGCCUGGUGCAGAAUGGCAUAGAUAACAUGACUCAUGAUGAGGUGGAGGCAUUGUUACAGCAGGCUGGUGAAAAACAAGCCAAUGUUUCUGCAGUAUGUCAUGCACCUGUUUACUCAAGUUCCCACAUUAAACUCCAAUCUCAUAAAAUGCUACCCAGUGAGCAGAUGGAAUCUGAAUCAAUAAUUCCAGAUGAUAUAACAAUAAGUGAAAGAGUUGAGAGGCAUAAUCCUGUAAUGGCUCAAACGUUUGGAAGCAACAACACUACGGUGUAUCAGGAAAGGAAUUUGGCUGUUUCCCCACAGCAAUCAUUUACACCUGCUCCCUUCUCACCAGUAACCAGUUCCAGAUCUCUGAACUUGACACAAAGUCAGAGUCAACAACAUAUUGAGUCACCAUUAACUGAAAGUGAGCUGAAUUUUGUUCAAGUUCAAUGCCAUCAAGGAAGGGAUAAUCACCGUGAAGCUGUGUUUAUCAGUUCAGAGCUCGAUCAUGAUGGUGGAUCAUCUUCCGCUUCCGAAGAAACAGUUGUUAGUUUGAAUGUUGUCCAUUCAUUGCCUUCUACUAUUAACACUGAGGAGCCGGUUACCAUGGUCUUCAUGGGAUACCACAAUGUAGAUGAUGAAAAUGAAACCAAAAAGGUUUUGGGGUACGAAGGAGCUAUCCGAGCAGAAUUGGUUAUGAUCAAUGAUGACGACGAUAUCGAGGUAUCAUCACAUCAAGCAAAUAAUCAAACUAUUCCAGUACUUCAUCCAGCUCCACUUUCAACUACUGAUGAAGUACAUAAAACAUAUGCUGAAAUAAACCUAACUACAGGAGGUAGCUCAGUCCCAAAGAAACCUGCUUUAAUUUCAAGCCAAGAGACAACAACAAAUCAUUCUCCUUACAUCAGUUACUCAGAUGGACAUAUGGAUGGAGUUGGAAACUAUGAUGACGACUCUGUGUCAGGACAAUCCCACCAUCCCAGGAACAAGCUGGAUGAAACUUUGUUGUACUCCUUGCAUGGGCAAGCUUUCCUCAGAUAAGCCUUAAGAUCUAAAAUGACCAGGCUAGGUAAAAAGGUGAUGAUGUGAAGUGGAGGCUUCGAUCCAACAGUAACUUGACCACUAAUUCUACUAGAACAUUGGGAAGUAACGUGACCUGUUAAAUACAGGUUGAAAUUACCGUCUAAUUCAUCUAUGACUCAACUACAGAAUUCAAACAAUAUGUUGUAUCCAUUGCAUUUGUAUAACCUAUUAUUUACCUCAAUUUAAUUGAGUUAUCCAAUUAUUUGUACUCUAUAUUGCUUGUGGAAAACAGUAUUAGGCUCAAAUAACUGUUGCAAGCUUGUUGUAAAAAGGGACAUGAAGCUAAUUCACCAACAAAGUGGCUCAGUGGUUGGCAUUGCUGCCUCACAGUUCCAGGAUUCUCGGUUUGAUUCCACCCUUGGGCACUUUGUGGAAUUUAUACACUUUCCCCAUAUCUGCGUGGGGUUCCUCCGAGUGCUCUGAUUUCCUUCCAAAGUAUGCAGGCUAAGCUAAAUUGCUCAUAGUGUCCAGGGAUGUGUAGGUUAGGUGGAUUGCCAUGCAAAAUGGAGGGCAAAAGGUUGUGAUGGGGGGAUGGUUCUGGAUGGGAUACUCUUUGGAUUGUUAGUGUGGACUUGGCGGACCAAAUGAUCUGCUUCCAUACUGUAGGGAUUCUAUGAUUCUAUGACAUGCAUCAGCAAUAUUAAAGUUCUGCACUACCAACUGACUAUUGCAAAAUGGAAUUAGUUUUAGUUUUGAAACUGAUUUUCACAUACAUUUUUAGUUUGAAAGAUUGUGAGUAAUAAAGUUCUUUUGCCAAAA